AUGUUGCCUUGCCCGGAACCAACGCCUUGUUACCAGCCAGUUUUACCUUGUUGUAAUCCGCAAUGCCCUCCUCCUAUAAUUCCCAAGCAACGGCCAAUUUGUCCACGACCUCCACCUUGCCCCUAUCCUUGUGUUCCUGUGUGUCGCAGCUGCUGUCCUGAUUGUGAGCUGGAUCCAGUGACGCGAAGAAGACCGUUAAUAGUAAAUGACAGUGUGUUCCAAAAUAGACCUUCUGGUCUACCCGCAGAAUGCUUCACGCGUCGAAAUCCAAACGUGCGGUAUUCUGUAUCUAAUUAUGUAAAACAGGGACCGCAGGCGGGAUGUGCUUAUGCAGUAAACGUGCCCUUAAGAUAG